AAAAAUGACUCGCUCACAAUUCAUCACAGCCGUUAAAUACUUAACAUUAUUGUUUGUUGCUGUUCCGAUGCCGGUGCAUUCAGUGAUGUAUCAAAUUGUGUUUGAUCCUGCCAAAUUUAUGAUUCCGUGCAAAGACACUAAAAAUGACAUCAACGAAUUUUUCGAUCUUACAAAAUUAAACAUUUCAUUGGCCAGCGAAAGUACGAUGAAGGUCACUGGAACCCUAGCUGCAUACGAGGAUUAUGGCGCUGAUACCCCUUUAUCGGUUCAUCAGUCGGCGAAGCAAAAAGUAAGAGGUAGAUGGGUAGAUACACCCUACAGGAGUGUCAUAAAGGAUUUGUGUGCGGAUUACUUUAAACCAGGCAUGUGGUGGUAUGAAAACGUUACAAAAUAUUUUGUUGGAGAAGAACGACAGUGUCCGCCAAAAAAAGGUCUACCGUUACCGUUAAACACCACUGUGGAGUUGGUAUUGAAUAUACCUCUGCGGCUACCGCCUGGGGAAUACAUAUCUCAUACGAUUAUGAAACAUACUUUCAAAGAAGCGUGCUUCGAGUGUUACGUCGAUUUAUCGGAAGCCAAAUAGAAUCGUAGCUGGACAUGGGAAGUGUGUGGUAUAGAGACCUUCGACACCAAAAAUAUAUUAUUUCGUCAAUGAGAAACGCAAGAACUUAUUUCGGUAAACCUUUUUUCGGUAAACAAUUUUUGAACUCUCGGUUUUAUACUUUUCGUGGAGGAUCUCAUCAGCAGACAAUCAAUUCGUCAGAGACAAUUCUACAUUAUUCACACUCUUUAACCAAAAUUCUUAUCGUCUUGCAAUAAUGAUUCAAAUAAAAUCCACACACUCGUC